UGCAUAGACAUUAAAACCAGUUUGAAUGUAACCUAGAACUAGCUCCACCCUCGACUAUUCAGGCUUAUUACGUGUGAGGACUAGUCCUGUUUCGAGCCUGAAGCAUCUGGAAUAAGACUUUCUCCCUCCUACCUAUUAAUGAAGAAAAAUAAGACAUUGUUCCUUGCUUUUACGCAUGAAUUUACAGACUACAGGCGCAUGCUUUACAACUCGAAACUUAUUUUCGGACGAGAUUCUACAGCCGCAUUGAUUGCAAAGGACUAAAACUAAAAACUAAAGAGGUUGGUGCUGAAUACAAAGUGAUACCGUGAUCCCAUGUUUCGCUCGCAUGACUAAUUAAUAUCAGUACUCAGUCUCGCGCGCUCCUAUUUUUUCAAUAUAAACUAUGGCGGUUAGAGCGAGAGCGUUGUACGACUUUAGUUCCGAAAAUCCAGGAGAGAUAUCGAUUACUGAGAACGAAGUUGUUACUUUGUACAGCGAACAAGAUGUCGAGGGAUGGUUAGAGGGGACUAACAGCAGAGGGGAGACUGGUCUUUUUCCAGCCUCAUAUGUGGAGAUUCUCACAAAUGAUUCAUCUGACAUCUCCUCCAACAACAAUGGCAUGUCGGCAGAUCAUGGUCAAGCCGAGUUGCCAUCAAGUGGAUAUGAUUCAUCAUACCAUUCCCAGUCCCACUCUCGUGCUGAGAGCAUUACAGUCCCGAACCCUUCCCACUCUGCUUAUCCUGUGCAAACUCCACAGCACCACAGUUACCCGACCAGUCAAGGUAGCGAUGACGACUGGGAUGAUGACUGGGAUGACAGCUCGACUGUGGCGGAUGAACCUGGAACGAUACAUGACAAUGAUGGAACUAGUUCCACAGCAUACACGGUCACUACCAGUUUACCUGAGAGACGUAGCAGUGCCCAAGCCAAAAGUUCAGCCACAGUGGGUAAAAACCUCAACAGGUUUUCAACCUUUGUGAAAUCAGGUGGAGAGGCUUUUGUGUUGGGCGAGGCGGCUGCCUUUGUCAAGGACGGGGACAAGAUCUGUGUUGUCAUGGGCCAGUAUGGGCCAGAGUGGCAAGAAGACCCAUAUCCAUUUGCCUGCUCUAUCGAUGACCCCACCAAACAGACUAAAUUCAAAGGCAUGAAGAGUUACAUGUCAUACAGACUAACUCCCUCUCAUACCCAGAGCCAGGUGAAUAGAAGGUACAAGCACUUUGACUGGCUCUAUGCCCGCCUAGUGGAACGAUUCCCUGUCAUAUCAGUCCCCCAUCUGCCCGAGAAACAGGCCACGGGGCGCUUCGAACAGGACUUUGUCUCCAAGCGCAGAAAAGGUUUAAUAUGGUGGAUGAACCACAUGACGAGCCAUCCUGUCCUGGCCAGGUGUGACGUCUUCCAGCACUUCCUCACCUGCCCCAGCACAGACGAGAAGACGUGGAAGAUGGGCAAGCGAAAGGCGGAGAAGGAUGAGUUGACUGGCGCUAACUUCUUCCUGACCAUCUCCACCCCGGCCGUUCCACUGGACCUACAGGAGGUGGAGAGCAAAAUAGACGGUUUCAAAGCCUUCACCAAGAAGAUGGAUGAGAAUUGUCUGUUAGUCAACGCUACCAUCAACGAGUUCGCCAGGAAGCAGAUCACCGGCUUCAAGAAAGAGUAUCAGAAAGUGGGCCAGUCCUUCAAACUGCUGGGCCAAGCCUUUGAGAUGGACCAACAGGCCUAUUCCGUAGGACUGAACCGUGCCAUAGCAUUCACAGGCGAGGCCUACGAGGUUAUAGGAGACUACUUUGCCGAGCAGCCCAGACAGGAUUUGGACCCCAUAUCGGACCUGCUGGACCUGUACAAGGGACACCUGGCCAACUACCCUGAUAUCAUCCAUGUUCAGAAAGGUGCCCUUACCAAAGUGAAGGAGUGCCAGAAGCAGGAAGGGGAGGGAUCAACCAUCAACGAGCGUUGUAACAUCAUUUCCUGCGCCACGCUGGCUGAGAUCCAGCACUUCCACCGUACGCGCGUACGUGACUUCAAGAGCCAGAUGCAACACCACCUCCAGCAGCAGAUCAGCUUCUUCCAGAAGAUCACUGGGAAGUUAGAGGAGGCACUGCAGAAGUACGACGAAUACAUAAUAUAAGGGACCUGAGGAAAGGAGGGUGGCUACAGAGGGAUGGAGAGAGGAUGGCGGGGACAGAGGGAGAGAGAGGAGGGAGAGAAAGAAAGAUGGCUAGAGAUGAUAAAUAAAGUGCCCGGAGGAGAACACUUGAAUGACUUGCUCAGUUCUCCGUGACCAGAUUAUUCAUCCAUUCUACAGUCGGAAGUGAGUGGAUCUAUGCAGGUGAUGCAGUGACGGAUGGGGGAAAAUGGGGUAGAAAGAUACUGAAGACAAUCCUUCGUUGACGUUGUCCGCAAAACCUGAUCGCAUAGUCUAGCUUGACGGGAUAUGUUAAGUCAUCACAUACAAGACGUGUCAAUUCAUGAAAUGAGUGGGAUGUCUUCCAUAAGGAACUGUAUAGAAUUGCAAAGACAUCUCUUAAAAUACAUGUUUAACCUGUUGCAUUGAAUCCCCCUUAUUUGCCUUUUUCUCUGAACAUAUAUAACAAUUUCAGUUUCAUGGCAAAUAUGAAUGACGUGUGUGUGUGUGUGUGUGUGUGUGUGUGUGUGUGUGUGUGUGUGUGUGUGUGUGUGUGUGUGUGUGUGUGUGUGUGUGUGUGUGUGUGUGUGUGUACGUACGUGUAUCUUAUCAUAGAGGGGGCAACCAAGGGGGGGUUGGUAUUUCAAUAUUCUGUUGUAGUUUCUGAACCUCAUUAUUUGAGCCCUCCCAGAGAGCCCUGUGCCAGGAACAAGCUUUAAGAUUGUAGAACACUGGAGGAGAACAGAACACCUGAUUUUCUAUUCCUUCUUAUUGUUCCCAAUGGAGAGGGAGGAGGGAGGCACAAAUAACUCAGCCAGAAUAAUACUGCAAAUGAUGUCUCUGUGGGAUUCCCUGGUGUCGAAGGACAUUGUUGAAAUGAAAUCCUUCCUCCUACACAUGUACUGCAUGUGAAUUUGACGAUUGAAGGACCAUUGAUUGGUAUCCUCCCAAAACACAGCCAAAAGUCUAAUGUAUGUAAGUUAUUUUACCAGGUUGAUUAGGGUAGUGCUAGAUGACUUGACACACAUCGCCCCUGAACAGCCUAAUACAUGUAGAAGGGACCUUUAUCACAGUAUAUUCACUUUAUCACACAAGGAACACCGUGUAGUCCUUUUUCUCAUGUUUGCCCGGUCUACAUUUAGCAGACAGCAUGGCUGCAAUUCAGGUACUACUACCAGGCCCACUGUUAUUGAUAUAGGACACCAUCUCUUCUCCUCUCCCAAUAGGUCAAGUUACUCCACCUCCAAUGCGUCCAUUAUUUAGACCAGAUUCCUUUUCCACUAGCUCUGGGUCAAGUUACAUCUGAAACACUUGAAGGGAAUUUAAAUGGCUUGUUGUUCUUGUUAACAUACAGCUAUCUUGCUGAACUGGGUUUGUUGUGUUUGCUCACCCAUGUCCAGUGCUUGACUCGGGAUGAAAGAAGUGCAGGAGCUGUCUUUUCCCAAGUCCAUCCAUUAGAUUAUGUUUACUGAAGUUCAGUGGUGUAAAGUACUUAAGUGAAAAUACUUUUAAGUACUACUUAAGUUGUUUUUUGGGGUAUCUGUACUUUACUAUUUAUA